AUGAAUAAUAAUAAGUCGAAUAACAACUACUCGAAUGAUCACUUGUUCUAUGAGAUCCUGGUCAGAAUCUUCACAACUCUUCAUGUUGCAGACCUUGCUAAAGUCUCCAUGGUUUGCAAAUCAUGGAAACUAGCUAGUCGUGCUCCUGAACUUUGGAAAACACUUGAUCUAAAUAAACUAGGCAUCAAUGUGCCAUUGAGACCAUAUGCUUGGUUUGGUGAAUAUUCAAGCAAGAAAAUGACUCAAAUCUUGAAGUAUGCUUCAAGUUUGAGUGGGGAAAAUAUAAGUUGCUUAAUAUUUAAUUAUUACGUCUACUUGACAGAUGUGCACUUAAUCUCGAUUGCAGAAAGGACUCCAAAUCUCAAAAGGCUGGUGCUUCCAAUAACAGGCAACAUCUCAAAAAUUGGAGUAGAAACCGCUAUGAGGGCAUGGGGAAGUAUAGAGUCCAUAACAAUUACCGAAAUGUUCAAAAUUGUUAACUUUUUUGAGACAGUUGGAAAAUAUUGCAAGAACAUUGUUAGGUUAAAGUUUAUAUGUUCCUUUGAACAAGAUCAAGCUGAAGCUAUAGUUAAAUAUGUUCCGAAUCUAAGGACAUUAAGUAUUCAACAUGUUAUGGUAAGCAUGACAGGUUUGUGUCAUGUGUUGAAUAGUUUGGAACAUUUGGAAGAAGUAAACUUAUGUCAGUGUCUCAUUACAGAUUUAUUAGAUGGUAGUUUUCGAGUAUAUUAUAUUCAAGAUAUACGAAAACGUGUCAAUUUCUCGUGUGAGCUUAUAGUAUGCAAAGAAUGUUCAUGUCUUAAGUGCACUAAUAGGUUGGAGGAAUGA